AUGAAACCACAUCGGUCUGAAAAUGUGCUUCAUAAGAAUAAUAAUGAUUUCAGGAUAGGACCUAAACCUUAAUAAAUAGGGAUAGGAUUCAAAGCAAGGUUCAACAACUCUAAUUUAGAUCUAAAUGAUAAAAAGCAAGUGAUGAUGGUCUUGAGAGACACCAAACUGGACAUAAAUAACUAUAAUAAGCAGGCUCAGAGUUAAGCUGUCUCCAAUUCCGAUUAACAUUAGCAGUAAUCGACUUAGUAUUAAACUAUUCUGAUUUAAGAGGACAAUGCUGUUUAGGAGUCAUACGGCUUACUCUAAAGAAAACAUGAUCAAGUAAACUAAAACCAGAAUUACAAUCAUCACCAUAUGAAUUCCUUGCAAGACUUUGUAGAUAAAUCCUCCUUCGAUUAGAAAUCGAUGGAAAGCAUUCACAUCAAGCCUGUCAUGGUAAAGACUAGUAUUGCCAGCUAACAGCUUAACGAGUUUAUGAAGCUAAGAAAUAUCAAGGAUACUACAACUUAGCUCCUGCUUGAGAGAUAGGUUUUCACUUAAGGUGCCAAGAGAAGGUCUAAUUUGUUUACAAAGAAGAAUAAUCUAAUGAACAAAAGCAGCAACGGUGGACUUGUAAGUUCAUAGCCAGCAGUUUCCCCAAUAGUUAUCAAUAAAUAGACUCCUGAAAGAGUAGAUUAGCCUAAGCUCCCUGAAUUAAACAAUAUAGGUAGCUGUGGAGUGCUUAGUCAUUAAAAUACUUAAAGCCAGCAAAGUCGAAAGUAUAUUUAGACAUAUAUUAAUUAGUAGCAUGCCAAAACUCCUUCAGUAGCUGAUAAGACUCCAAUUCCAGAUAAAAUGCAUUAGAAUCAGAGAGUUAUAUCUCUCUAUGAUAAUGUGAGGCAAAAUGAGAAAACAAGGAAUCAUGAGAAAAUCCUAAUGAACAUAAUUGACUAGAGUUAGCAUCAAUCUGGACUGACAACCAUAAGAUUAUUGAACAGACCGAAUGUUUCAUAACUAUUAGAUAAGAGUGUAAUUAAGGUCUCUAAGUAUAACGUCGAAGAGCUAAGACCUGAGAAAACCACACAAAAUCGUUAUUAUUCUAAGAGCAAGUUUUAGUAAGCCUCAAUUCUGCCGCCGACAAAGUUGAACUCUGCUGGGAAUAUAAGCAAAAUGCCAAGCAAAAAGAAAAGAAAUAUUAUAGCUACAAUAAAGUUGCCACCUGAAUACAAGGACAAUCUCUAAGGCUUAAAUCUAAGCAGAUUCAAUAGCGCUAGAAAUCAUGCUCCAAUAUCAAGGAAUUAAAACGGAUCACUGUAACUUUUAGAAGACUUCAAGCUAGGUAACAGUAUAGCUUAAGAGAGUAUCAAAGAUUUACUCAUUGAAGAGUGGACUAAAGAUAAAACAAAUAAAAAUGGUUUAAGUGGCUGGGAUGCUGAUUGA